AUGGCAACUGCAUCGAUAUCCACCCCUGUCAAAAGCCAUCAUGGCCUCUUUUCCUCCAAGACUGCUGGUGGUCGAAUGCCGCUAACACCCUCGCCUCGUCACGCCUCUCCCUUCACUCCUCCUCGUCAGGCCGAUGCAGGACGGAGCACAUCUGGGCAGUCCGUCUAUGGGGGUAACUUGUCUUCCUACUUUGCCAAGUCGGUCUCCAAGACCUCGCGGACAUACCGUGAUUCCCCCAAGUCAAAUAUCGCCCGGAUUCGCAAGUCGCCAAAGCACCUCGAGCUGGGCGUUUCCGAUUGGACUCUGACUGGCACUGGCGCUUCUUGCACACAAUCCCCCUCCAAAGAGCGCACACGCCGGGAACUUCCCACCCGGACAAGACCCAGCAAGACUACCGUCCGCAUUUCUCACAACGCUGGUGAUCGUUUUAUUCCCAACCGCAGCGCCAGCGAAGGUCUGGCCACCAAUGGAACUGCAAAGCCGGACGAGAAUCAGCGUCCCAAGACCAGUGGUAGCGAGGGGUCCUCUGUGCUAGCCAGCGCAGCCAGCGCCUUUGACAUUGGUGGCCGUGGAUCCGAUGAGGAUCUCACUGCAGCUCUGGAGAACUUGGGUCUGGAUGACAAUGAGCCAUCAUCUGCUUAUUCUCGGCCCGCUCCCGAUGCCGUUGCCUACGAGUCGUCGCUGGCCAACGCCUGCGGCGUGAACCUGAACACUCGCAUCCUUGCCUUCAAGCCUCCGCCUCCAGAGUCAUCCAAGCCCAUUGAUCUUCGUGCUCAGUACAACCGGCCCCUCAAGCCCGCCAAGUCUUCGGCUACGCAGUUCCGCCGGCGAGUGCAGACUGCCCCUGAGCGGGUUCUUGAUGCCCCCGGACUUCUGGAUGAUUACUACCUGAACCUUCUCGACUGGAGCUCUGGAAAUCAGGUCGCUAUUGGUCUGGAGCGAAAUGUGUACGUCUGGUCUGCCGAGUCUGGUACCGUGAGCUCUCUGCUUGAGACUUCCCCCGACACCUACGUCAGCAGUGUCAAGUGGAGUGGUGACGGUGCCUAUGUUGGUGUUGGUCUUGGAACCGGCGAGGUCCAGAUUUGGGACGUUGAGGAGGGCACCAAGCUCCGCAGCAUGUACGGUCAUGACUCCCGUGUUGGUGUCAUGGGUUGGAACAAGCACACCCUGUCCACUGGUGCUCGUAGCGGACUUGUGUUCAACCACGAUGUGCGCAUUGCCGACCACAAGGUUGCCGAGCUCGUCUCUCACACCUCCGAGGUCUGCGGUCUGGAAUGGCGCUCCGACGGAGCCCAGCUGGCUACUGGUGGCAAUGACAACCUUGUCAACAUCUGGGAUGCUCGCUCCCUCUCUGCCCCCAAGUUCACCAAGACCAACCACCGUGCUGCCGUCAAGGCCCUCAGCUGGUGCCCCUGGCAACUGAACCUGCUCGCCACCGGCGGUGGGUCUUACGAUCGUCACAUCCACUUCUGGAACACCACCACCGGUGCCCGCACCAACAGCAUCGACACCGGCUCCCAGGUGACUAGCCUGCGGUGGAGCAACCACUACCGUGAGAUCGUCAGCUCCAGUGGCUUCCCGGACAACUCGCUCAGCAUCUGGAGCUACCCGACCCUGGUGCGUAACGUCGAGAUCCCCGCCCACGAGACUCGUGUCCUGCACAGCUGCCUUAGCCCUGAUGGCCAGAUGCUGGCCACUGCCGCCGCCGAUGAGAGUUUGAAGUUCUGGAAGGUGUUUGAGCGCAAGGCUGGCACCAGUGCCUCAGCUGCUCGGGAGGGAGGUGUGGGCAGCAAGGCCCAGAUGACCAAGUCCAUGACCAUUCGGUAG